AUUAUUUUUCUUCCCUCCUCUCCGAUAGAGGGAGAACUUUUGGGUUUGGGUUGGUGUUUGUUUUUGUAGACUGCAUUCUGAACUCGGGAGGAAGGAUUCUUCGUGUGUAUUCAACAAAAUAACUGCUAGCUAGCUCGAAAAACGACUGCGUAAAUUCACAUUUAGCCAAGAUUUGAAAGUAGUUACACGCAUUUGGCUCUUUUUCAAAUUGGUAAAGUAAUAUCAGGGUACAUAGCUAAUCAGUCGUCGUCUGGCUGGACCUUUGUGGAGCAAGGUGCUUCUGAAUAGCUAGCUAGCUAACGUUAGCUAAUAGGAUUCAAAAGAACAACUGGAAGCUAGCUUGCUGGCUAGCCAGAAAGCCGGGGGAAUCAGCACCACGGGGAGCCGGGGCCCGAGAGGGAGCCAUCCAGGCCCGCGGCUUGAUGUACCCUGCCUGCCUCGCACCAGCAGCCCACAAUGGGGGAGACCAAAGUCAUAUAUCACCUCGACGACCAGGAAACACCCUACCUGGUCAAAUUGGCAGUGCCCGCUGACAGGGUCACACUUGCGGACUUCAAAAAUGUUCUGAAGAAACCCAACUACAAGUUCUUCUUCAAAUCUAUGGAUGACGAUUUUGGGGUAGUGAAAGAAGAGAUAUCUGAUGACAAUGCCAAACUACCUUGUUUUAAUGGCCGUGUGGUAUCUUGGCUGGUGUCGGGGGACGGUGCUCACUCAGAUGGUGGCUCUGUGGUCGAGAGUUUGUCCGAGUUGCCGCCACCCCCCCUGGAGAGGACUGGGGGCAUCGGGGAGUCCAGACCCCCCUCUUAUCAGUCAGUUCUUUCUAGCGGGAAGGCCACAGGUGAACGAGACUCGUUGGACAACGAGACAGAGACGGGCUCGAUGGUGUCCCAGAGGAGAGCGAGGGAGCGACCGCGCCGGAAACACACUCGCGAGCACGGUGGGAGGAAUGGCUACUCGCGGGUGGGCCGAGGGGCGGAACUGGGCCAAUACGACAGCUGCUCGUCCUUCAUGAGCAGCGAGCUGGAGUCCACCAGCUGCUUCGACUCUGAGGAUGACGACGCCACCAGCCGGUUCAGCAGUUCCACAGAACAGAGCUCCUCUCGCCUGAUGAGGCGACACCGCCGGCGCCGCCGGAAACCCAAAACAUCCAACAUGGAAAGGUCGUCAUCAUUCAGCAGCGUCACAGACUCCACCAUGUCACUGAACAUCAUCACUGUCACUCUGAACAUGGAGAAGUAUAACUUCCUGGGCAUCAGCAUCGUGGGGCAGAGCAACGAGAGGGGCGACGGGGGCAUCUACAUCGGCUCCAUCAUGAAGGGAGGGGCGGUGGCUGCAGACGGCCGCAUUGAGCCUGGAGACAUGCUACUGCAGGUGAACGACAUCAACUUUGAGAACAUGAACAACGACGACGCGGUUCGAGUGCUGAGGGACAUCGUACACAAGCCAGGCCCCAUCACUCUGACUGUGGCUAAGUGCUGGGACCCUAACCCUCGGAGCUGCUUUGCUCUGCCAAGAAGUGAGCCAAUCCGGCCCAUUGACCCUGCUGCCUGGGUGUCCCACACUGCGGCGAUGACGGGGGUGUACCCUGCUUAUGGCAUGAGCCCAUCGAUGAGCACGGUCACCUCCACCAGCUCCUCCAUCGGCAGCUCCGUCCCCGAGACCGAACGCUUCGACGAUUUCCACCUGUCCAUCCACAGUGACAUGUCAACUGUCGCCAAGGCCAUGGCUUCCCCGGAGUCGGGCCUGGAGGUGCGAGACAGGAUGUGGCUGAAGAUCACCAUCGCCAACGCCUUCAUAGGCUCAGAUGUGGUGGACUGGCUCUUUCAUCACAUGGAGGGAUUCUCGGACCGACGGGAGGCAAGGAAGUACGCCAGUAACCUGCUCAAGGCCGGCUACAUCCGCCACACCGUCAACAAGAUAACCUUCUCUGAGCAAUGCUACUACACCUUUGGAGACCUCUGUGGCAACAUGACCCACCUCUCUCUGCACGACCAUGAUGGCUCCAGCGGCGGGGCGUCGGACCAGGACACCCUGCCCCCUCUGCCCCACCCUGGGGCUGCCCCCUGGCCCAUGUCCCUGCCCUACCAGUUUUCCAUCGCCCACCCCUACAACCCCCAGCCCCAACACGACCUGCCCCAGGGCUUCCCGGGAGUAGGGGCGGGCAGUGCUGGCAGCCAACACAGCGAAGGGAGCAGCGGCUCCAACUGCAGUAAGACCGAGGGCCGAGGCGGUGCCGGGGGCUCCAACAAGUCGGGUGGGAGUGGCAGCGAAUCAGAGAUCAGGAGCCAUCGGGUCCCCAGCGAGCGCUCUGUGGCCCCUAGCGAGCGCAGCAUCCGCAGUUCCUACAGCCAUCGAAGCGCACACUCGUCCCACUCACUGGCCUACAGCCCUGGCUUGGUCUAUGGCCCCCCAGGCCUGCCUCCUAACCCCCCCCACCUGGCCACAGCUGCUCCAGGAGCCCCACCAGGCCGACAGCUGGCCAACGCUCCCCCAGAGCUCACCGGCUCCCGCCAGUCCCUGCGCAUGGCCGUAGGCAACCGCGGCGAGUUCUUUGUCGACGUCAUGUGACGCAGGUUAUGUCAUAGGCGCACCACAUAAUGGUGGUUAGGGAUUUUUUGUUUAGUGCUGAGGGGGACAGACAGGAGGAGGAAGUCUCUAGAAAAUCACAGUUGGGGUCAAUGUCAUUUCCUUUUGAUUUGCCAGAAUUGAAAUGGAAUUGAGCCCAACCCUGCUGGAAAUGUCCUCUUGCUCUUGUGCUCCUGAGGGUGUAUCUGAUUCGCUAUACUUUCUUCAGUGAAGAACCCCCCCCCCACCCUCGCAGAUGGAAUCAAAGCGCCUUUUCUCAGUUUCCUCCCUGUGAGACGAGUUGUGCUUGGGUCGUGACAGGGAGGGAGGCCUGGGGAACAGCUGGGGAUGACUUGGCGCUUUUCUACGUGGAUGUUUUUCAUUUGUUCUUUUCUCUAGCUCCACGUCCUGUCCUCCCCAACCGUAGUCCGCCAGAGACAAAGUAAAAAAAUAAAAUAAAAACUCCUCUCCAUACAUCCUUUCACCUAAAAUUUGAAAAUGAACACUAACUUUUGAACCUUACGUGUACUUUUGUUUGUUUGUAUGACUA